AUGUCCUUGCAGGUAGUAAAUUUGCAAGCAACAUUUCUAUGGAACGUUACUGAUGUAAUGAUAAUGUGUAUAAGUAUUUAUUUGAUAUCAUAUUUGCAAGAUUUAAAUAAAAUUAUUUAUGACAAUGAAAAAUCGAAAUCAGUUCGUUGGGAAGAAAUAAGACUGCUCUACUCUGAUUUAGUGGCUUUGGUUAAAGAAGUUGAUUCAAGAUUUUGUUACCUGGUGCUGCUGUCAUUCUUCACAAACCUGUUCUUCAUCUCGUUGCAGUUAUUCAAUACUUUGAUAAACGGCUUACCAUUGGGUAAUGAUGGAGGAAAUAAGAAAUCUAUAUCUGCAUUACAUUUAACAUACUAUAUUUACUCGUUCGUGUUUCUGAUGACGAGAGCUAGUGUGAUGUGUUUGCUCGCGGCGAACGUACACAGGGCGGCACAGGAGCCGCUGUUUGUUGUUGGAUAUGUUCCCGCAUCUGAGUACACGCUCGAGGUGAGUUGA